CCUCCUGGUCUCUGGCCUGGGGGUUAUGCGGUGAGGGGCUCUGGAGUCUGGACUGGGAGAGAGGAGAAACCUUUUGGGCCCCACGCGCGGGCCAUACUUCUCGCUAGUCAAAGUGUGAUCCCUCGCUCCUCCGGCGCCGCCGCUGCGAUGUCCGCCGCCGCCGCCGCCCGAGGUCUCAAAUCCGUCGCCCGCGCCGCCUUCUCCUGGAAGCCGACGGGCCGGGCGCAGCAGACGCUCGCGGCGGCGGUGAGCAGGUCGGGCGUGGGGCUCCACUCGGGCGCGCGCGCCACCGCCACGCUGCUCCCUGCGCGCGCCGGCGAGGGGAGGUACUUCGUCGUGGAGGAGGCGAGGGUGGCGGCGGAGGUGGGGAAUGCCGAGCCACAGUCCCCGCUCUGCACCACGCUGCGGAGCGGGAGCGGCGGCGCGCGGGUGCGCACGGUGGAGCACCUGCUCUCGGCCAUGGAGGCGCUCGGCGUGGACAACUGCCGCGUCGAGGUCAGCGGCGGCGAUGAGAUCCCUUUGCUUGAUGGAUCAGCGCAAGAGUGGGUGGAGGCCAUCCGGGGUGCAGGUCUGUGUGCGGCCGAGGAUAUCGGUGGACAAAAGUUGGAGAAACUGGCACCCAAAAUUGACGAGCCUGUUUACCUGCGGAAGGACGAUUGCUUUGUAGCUGCAUUCCCUUCCUCGCAAAUCCACAUCACAUAUGGAAUUGAUUUUCCAAAGGCGCCAGCGAUUGGUUGUCAAUGGUUCAAUACUUUCCUGGAUGCUGAUAUAUACUCAAGCAAGAUAGCUCCUGCAAGAACUUUCUGUAUUUUUGAAGAGGUUGAAAAAAUGCGUGGUGCCGGGCUUAUAAAAGGAGGAUCACUGGAAAAUGCUAUGGUUUGCAGUAUGUCUGGUGGUUGGCUUAAUCCACCACUUCGUUUUGAUGAUGAACCUUGCCGCCACAAGAUUUUAGAUCUUAUAGGUGACUUCUCACUUCUUGCACGAAAUGGCAGCCAGGGUUUUCCAAUUGCUCAUGUAGUUGCCUACAAGGCUGGCCAUGCCCUGCACACCAGUUUCCUACACCAUUUAUCGGGGGAGACCAGUGUGGACCAAGGAACGCUUGCUUAAUGAUCUUGAAGCGUGUGCAUGUGGAGCGGGUACUGUUCGUAUGUUGGUGAUAGUGAUGCUCGACAGGAAGACGGCAGAUUUCAGCAUACCGUACUAACAACCAUCUGAUGGCCCUCGCCCUCACCCUGACAGUCGGACCGGUUGUACUGUACAUCUUCUCCAUCUUUGGCAAGUGAUUUCUUUAGUUCGCGAGCCAUAUAUAGUAUUAUCACAUGCUUUGGGGAGAUUGUUCCGAAGAAUUAUGUUUGUACACCAUGUGUUAUAGUUGUACCUGAACACGUUUCAGUGAAUCUUGUACGUACCA